AUGAUAUCAAUUGAUUCUAAUCAUACAGUAGAUUCAUUGACGUAUCGUGUAGCGACAACAUCAGAUUGUGAUUUAUUAGUUCCAUUAAUAAAUAAUGCUUAUCGUGGUCCAUUGUCAUAUCAGGGAUGGACGAAUGAAACUGAAUUAAUUCCUGUAUUACGCACAAACCCAAAUCAAUUGUUGAAUUUGAUUAAUACUGAUAGAAAUAUCAUCUUAAUGUUUUUCGGUGAGAAUGAUCAGAUUUUAAAAGGAUGUAUUUCUUUGUUAUAUCAAACUGAAUCUAAAAGUGCCAGAAUCGGUUUAUUUUCUGUACGUCCAGAUUUACAAGCGAGAGGUUAUGGAAAGUUUAUUUUAUCGACUGCUGAAAAUUAUGCAUUGAACAAUUGGAAUGUUGAUUAUAUUGAAUUAAGUGCUCUUAUUCAAAGACCGGAAUUAAUAGCUUAUUAUUCUCGUCGUGGCUAUAUCGAUACUGGUAAAAGACAACCAUUUAUCAUAACAACAGUACCCCCCGAAUGUACUAUGCGAGACGAUUUGGAACUUUGUACUAUGGUUAAAUACGUAAAAAUAAAAUAA